UAGAACAGUUCACCUGUCAAAAACUGCAAUGUGAACAAAGUUCGAUUGUGGUCGCGUUUGCGUGGAUUUUUUUUUAAUUCGGAGACAUAUUUUGAUUUCAAUCAACUUUUAAACAAGAGAAAUUUGCAGCAAUUAUGAAGCAAACAAGCGAGAAAUUCGACGUCGAAACGUACUUUCUGGAUCUGCUGCAAAAGGAUGACAGCCUAUCGUCGGGAAUUGCGGCCAUCAAGACGCUGCUGAUGGUCCUCGAGAAGACGGAAUUCGACACCGUCCAGGAGCUGCACUCGACGAUCCAGGCCGCGGUCCAGUCGAUGCGAAAUACGGACAAACCAAUGACGUCGGUCGUGUCGGGCAGUGAGCUGUUUUCCCGCUUCAUCACACUGGCCAAGUUCGACGACAAAACGAUGGCCGAGGUGCGGCAGAUUAUGCUUUCGCGGGGCAAGAUCUUCCUGGAGAAGCUGCUGGACAGCCGCAGCGUGGUGGCCCAUCGUGCGACCAGCUUCAUCCGGGACGGGUGUCGCAUUCUGACGCACGCCCGAUCGCGCACCGUGCGGGACACGUUGAUCCGGGCUGCCCGCGAGGACAACCGGCGCUUUCACGUGUACGUCACGGAGAGCUUCCCAGACCGGCAGGGCGUUCAGAUGCAGCGCGAGCUGCAGGCGGAGGGAAUCGAGUGUACGGUGAUCUUGGACGCGGCCGUCGGGUACGUGAUGGAAUCGGUCGAUCUGGUGAUGGUGGGGGCCGAGGGUGUGGUCGAAAGCGGCGGGAUCAUCAACCGGGUGGGGACGUUCACGAUGGCCAUGUGCGCGCGGGAGAUGAAGAAGCCGUUCUACGUGCUGGUCGAAAGCUUCAAGUUUGGCCGGUUGUACCCGCUGAACCAGAAGGAUCUGCCGGAUGAUUACAAGUACCCGAAGACGCGUCUGGGCGAGGACACGAGCAAGGUGCACCCGCUGGUGGACUACACGCCACCGGUUUACAUCACGCUACUUUUCACCGAUCUGGGCGUGCUGACUCCGUCGGCGAUCAGUGACGAACUUAUCAAGCUGUAUCUCUAAGGUUUGGUUCGUUUUGUGGCAAAAUAUAUGUUAUUUAAAUGAAAAUGCA